AUGGCGCCUUCAAAGUUGCCCUUGCGGGCUGAUGAAGAGCUCGGCAAGAAGGACGAUGAUCACCGAUUAUCCGACCAAACGCGCUUCCGUCUCCUUCAAAAGUCGAGGAUUCCUCGUCCCCGGCGUCUUAUAGUAGUUGUCAUUGCUCUUUUCCUUGUCUACGAAUUCUUCAAGCACAUGCCCACAGACUUAACUCCCGCGGCCGAACGAUACAAUCCGAAGAUCGCGGCGCUUAAACACCAGAGUCCCACAUCACCUCAAGGAUCAGUACAGUCGCCCACAGCGCCGAGGGUCCAGAUUCCACCAAAGGCGGAGAUUGACCGUAAUGGACAUGAGGAGCAAGUGUUAUAUGACGGGAAGAUUCGUUUCUACGAGUUGGCCCAAUCGCUCCCUCGCAAAACGCGUCCCGCAACGUUGGCUACUGAGGCAGUAUUGUUCGCCGCAGCAAGCCUUCGUAGUGUUUCGGAUAUGCUGCCCUUGGCAUGUGGAAUGGCAGCGAGGCAGCUGAAUCGCGUACAUUUUGUUUUGAUGGGGAAAGAGGAGGUUUCCAUUGAUGGCAUUAAACAAGUGAAUGGAAUUAGUGAUCCCGAAUGCCCAAUAACCUGGCAUGACGGUCGGCCGGACCGCGCACCCGAAUCCACCCAUGCCCGCCUGGAAAGGUCCGUGGCUGGAGGCUUUGAGGUUCUUCAGGCGUUCAUUGCCCCAGAGGUUAUAAUCACACAAAGCCAGGAAUGGGAAGAACCCUUUUUCUGGAAUGGUGUUGAAGCACAUAAAAAGGCGUCGAAUAUCCCUCAUAUUGCGCUUCCUGCUCCUUCCAUCAACCUCAUGUGGAUGGCGCAUAUUGAUAGCACCGCCCUUCAAGUCUGGAACAAUGUCCGCGUUGACAUGGUAGUCCAUGCAUCGGAAUCAUCCAGCUCCCUAAUUCGACUCAUUCGAUCAUUGGACGACGCCGAUUAUCUUGGCAGUGAACCCAGCUUGACUGUCGAGCUACCUCCCUGGGUCGACUUGGAUCUGUUGGACAGCUUGCAAAAUCUGCAAGGUUUAUCAAGAUUGGAAGGGCGUAUCACCCUCAGGCGACGUAUUCAACCCCACUACAUGGACCCGGUUGAGGCAUCCCUUCGCAUGGUGGAAAGCUUUUACCCUUUGAAUCCGAAGGUGUCCCACUUACUCCUGUUGUCUCCUCAGACGGAGCUCGCCCCAUCAUUCUAUCACUACCUCAAGUACAGUAUCCUGUUCUACAAGCAGUCUACUCGUGGACAGCGAGACGGGUCGAAGCUCUUGGGCAUUUCUAUAGACCUGCCAUCUUUGAAGCCCAGUUCCGAGAGCGAGGUAUUCACCCCUCCACUACCUCAGUCUUCAGAUCGGACUCAAGGGCCUGGGAAGCGAAGCGUCCCUUCUUUUCUUUGGCAAGCGCCUAACAGCAAUGCGGCACUUUACUUUGGAGACAAAUGGGCCGAGUUUCACUCUUUUCUUUCCAGCCGGUUGGCUAUCUCAGAGCCAGUUGCUACGAUUGCCUCGCAAGACAAGAUUAUCUCCACUCAGUAUCCAGCUUUUAUGGAAUAUCUACUGGAGAUGAUGAGAGCCAAGGGAUACUAUAUGGCCUAUCCCUCUUUUCCAGGACGUAUGGCCGCACCUCUGGCCACGAUACAUACCGACCUCUACCAUCCUCCAGAGGAAUUUGCGUACGGAUCAGACUCCAAGAACCCUGACAAUAUUGAAGCGCUGUCGGCUGAAAAGCCAGUUGACCGAGCGCAUACCAUCAUGCCUCUGCUCGACACAUUUGAACUAGGGCAUUCUCUCCUUGCGUCGAUGCCUAUGCUGUCGUAUGAUGCAGAGCAGUUAACAGAUGAAAUGCUUCAAGAGCGGACCGUGGACUAUGCAAAACACUUCCGGGUUCGAUACGGAGCCUGUUCUCAAGAUAGUACCUCUGUUGAUGAUCCCUCCGCACAUCUAUUCUGUCUCAAAGAUUGA